UUUCACGUUGGGUCUCUCGUUGCACUUCUCCCUUUCUCUGUCUCUCUCUCUCGCUCCCUCUCUCUCUCUCUCUCUCUUUCAAAUACCCCUUAAGCUGUCUUCGUCCCUUAGUCCCGGUUGGUCGGUCGGUCGUCCCCUGUGAAUUCGCUCAUCGUACCUCUCUUUUUUUUUUAUUUAAUUUUCAAUCCCCUCUCUCUCUCUCUCUCUCUCUCUCCCCAAGUACACGCGUCGCUGUCACCAAACGAACCCACUGUAAUCUUUUCCGUUGUAACGGGGCGAACAUUGUAACGAGUGUGACAGGACGUUUUUGGCGUUUGCGUUUAAAGGAACGUGAGAUACGUAUACGAGCGAGAGGAUGAACGACAUGGAAGCCUACGGGGACGGAUAUAUGGCACCGGAGGAGGAAUGGGAGAGGGAGGGUCUCUUGGAUCCUGCCUGGGAGAAACAGCAGAAAAAGACAUUUACAGCUUGGUGCAAUUCACAUCUACGCAAAGCAGGCACUGCCAUCGAAUCGAUCGAAGACGAUUUCAGGAAUGGGUUGAAACUGAUGUUGCUGCUUGAGGUGAUCUCAGGCGAGACCCUUCCGAGACCCGACAGAGGCAAAAUGAGGUUCCACAAGAUCGCCAACGUGAACAAGGCCCUCGAUUAUAUCGCCAGUAAGGGCGUCAAGCUGGUUUCAAUUGGCGCAGAAGAAAUUGUUGACGGCAAUCUGAAAAUGACCUUGGGAAUGAUAUGGACCAUUAUUCUGAGAUUCGCGAUCCAAGAUAUCUCCGUGGAAGAAAUGACCGCGAAAGAGGGUCUGCUGCUUUGGUGCCAGCGCAAGACGGCUCCAUACAAGAACGUCAACGUUCAAAACUUCCACCUGUCCUUCAAGGACGGUCUCGCGUUCUGCGCCCUCAUCCAUCGUCAUCGGCCCGACUUGAUCGAUUACAACAAACUUAGCAAAGAUAAUCCGCUGGAAAACUUAAACACUGCCUUUGAUGUCGCUGAAAAAUACCUCGACAUUCCUCGCAUGUUAGAUCCCGAUGAUUUGAUCAACACUCCCAAGCCGGAUGAGCGAGCUAUUAUGACGUACGUGUCCUGCUACUACCACGCGUUCCAAGGUGCCCAGCAGGCAGAGACGGCGGCUAACAGAAUCUGCAAGGUAUUGAAGGUGAAUCAAGAAAACGAGCGUCUUAUGGAGGAAUAUGAGCGCUUGGCUUCCGAUCUGCUCGAAUGGAUACGACGAACGAUGCCAUGGCUCGCGAAUCGACAGACUGACAAUUCCCUCGCCGGCUGUCAGAAGAAAUUGGAGGAAUACAGGACGUAUCGACGCAAGCACAAGCCGCCACGCGUCGAACAGAAAGCUAAACUGGAAACGAAUUUUAAUACUCUGCAGACGAAGCUGAGGUUGAGCAAUAGACCAGCAUAUAUGCCCACGGAGGGAAAAAUGGUGUCUGAUAUAAAUAAAGCGUGGAGAGGUCUGGAGUUAGCCGAGAAAACGUUCGAGGAUUGGUUGCUAUCUGAGAUGAUGCGUCUGGAGCGACUGGAACAUCUGGCGCAGAAAUUCAAGCAUAAGGCAGACGCUCACGAAGAUUGGACCGCAGGCAAAGAGGAGAUGCUUACGUCUCAACAUUUCCGGCAAUGCAAGCUGAACGAGCUCAAGGCUCUGAAAAAGAAGCACGAGGCUUUCGAAUCAGAUCUCGCAGCGCAUCAGGAUCGCGUGGAGCAGAUUGCAGCUAUCGCUCAAGAACUCAACACCCUCGAGUAUCACGACAGCGCAUCCGUGAACGUCAGGUGCCAACGUAUUUGCGAUCAGUGGGAUCGUUUGGGUACGCUCACUCAACGUAGGCGUCAAGCUCUCGACGAAGCUGAGAAAAUCCUAGAAAAGAUAGACGUCUUGCAUUUGGAGUUUGCCAAACGCGCUGCUCCGUUUAAUAAUUGGUUGGAUGGAACCAGAGAAGACCUAGUGGAUAUGUUUAUUGUCCACACAAUGGAAGAAAUCCAAGGCUUAAUGGACGCGCACGCCGCGUUUAAGGCUACCCUUGGCGAAGCGGAUAAGGAAUAUAAUUCGAUUGUAGGAUUGGUGCGCGAAGUUGAAUCCAUAGUUAAGCAAUACCAGAUUCCCGGCGGCCUAGAGAAUCCUUACACCACUCUCACUGCCAUGGAUCUUACCAAGAAAUGGAGCGACGUUAGACAAUUGGUUCCUCAACGCGAUGGUACUCUAGCCGCUGAACUUCGUAAACAACAAAAUAAUGAACUACUUAGACGACAGUUUGCUGAGAAAGCUAAUGUCGUCGGACCAUGGAUAGAACGUCAAUUGGAUGCCGUAACUGCGAUUGGCCUCGGUCUUCAGGGAACUCUUGAGGAUCAAUUACAUCGUCUAAAAGAAUAUGAACAGGCAGUGUAUCAAUACAAGGCACAUCUCGAGGAAUUGGAGAAAAUCCAUCAAGCAGUUCAGGAAGGCAUGAUCUUCGAGAAUCGUUACACUCAAUAUACCAUGGAGACUCUACGUGUCGGUUGGGAACAGCUUCUAACCUCAAUCAAUCGUAACAUUAAUGAAGUCGAGAAUCAAAUUCUCACCAGAGAUUCGAAGGGCAUCACCCAGGAACAGUUGAAUGAAUUCCGUAGCAGUUUCAAUCAUUUCGACAAAAAUAGGACGGGCAGAUUGGCACCAGACGAGUUUAAAUCCUGCCUCGUAUCUCUGGGUUACUCUAUCGGAAAGGACAGGCAAGGCGACAUUGACUUCCAACGUAUUCUAGCCAUCGUCGAUCCCAACAAUUCGGGCUACGUUCACUUUGACGCUUUCCUCGAUUUCAUGACGCGCGAAUCUACCGAUACCGACACGGCGGAACAAGUCAUCGACAGUUUCCGCAUUCUUGCUGGCGACAAGCCUUACAUUUUGCCGGAUGAACUGAGGAGGGAACUACCGCCCGAUCAGGCGGAAUAUUGCAUCCAGCGAAUGCCUCCGUACAAAGGACCGAGUGCCGUUCCCGGCGCACUCGAUUACCGCUCCUUCUCGACGGCCCUGUACGGCGAAUCUGAUCUGUAGAUAAAUGAUAAUGAUAUCAAAAAUUGAAAUCAAAAUUGAUAAAAAUGAAAAAAAGAAUCGGUUGUACGCAUCAGCUGACAGGCGAACGAUGCCUAAAGAUUUGUCCUAUUGUUUUAAUACUCUAACGCCUCAACGUAUUUUUAUGACGUAUUUGACGAUAUGUUUUACGAAAAUGGAGUUUACAGAAGCUCUCAGUACAAUACAUACGUGGUAUCAGUCAUUGUGCUAAAUAUUAAUAACUGUGUACGUACGCGCGCAUACAUCUUAGAGGCUGUUGAAAUAUCGGGGACUAAGAAAGAAUAAGUGAUGUCAUUUUAACGCAAAGGGAUCUAAAUGUAUCGUACAGAGAAAAGUAAACAUUAACUUUUCCAGCAGAAUAUCUUUCGCGCACGGAUAAAAAUUACAUAUCAGAGAAAUAUACGUACAGAAUAAAAAGAUUAUGUACUUAUAUAAGUCUAUUAACGCGACAAUAAUGAAUAUGAUAUAUUUGGAUACUUUUCGUUAAAAGGAUAGAAAUUCUUUAAUACGUAAAUUUAUAACACCAAGUUCGAAAUUGAUAUACUCUUCUAAACAUUUUGCUACAUAUUUAUUCUUCUAUUCUUUUAUGUAGCCUAUACUGAAAUGAGAUAACUUAGAUUUUUCCUUUUUUUCUUUCGGGAAAACAAGUGCCAAUCAAUAAGUAAGAUUUUGUAUGAUUCCUCUCUUUACGAACGUCUCGAAAAGGAAUUGACUAUCAAGCUAUUAAGCUUGAAGCAUGGCAAAAGGAAAAGCUCACAUAUUUAUAUAUGUGCAGUUAGUGAGUGCAUUGAUACUAGAGGCUUUCCGAAUUAUUAUUAUUACUAGUAGUAUUACUAGUGUUAUUUCCUCUAUAUGUAUCGGAAUAUUAUUCUAAAGUUCUACAAUAUAUUCUACAUUUUUUUGUAUAAUUAUAUAGCGGAAGAUAUAUAUAAAUAUAUAUUUUUAGACUUGCGGUUUUGCCUAUUAUAGCGUGACACGAAUUUGAUGUUUUUGUAUUGGAUUUUACUGACGACAGAAUCCAUUAUAUAUCUUUAUUACAUUCUAUAAUCGUAUCAUGUUUGUCGAUAAAAGAGUGUGCUCCCCUUUUCAAAAAUUGCCAAAUUUUAUGUCGCAUAUCGGGUGCACACGUUACGAAGUGUUGACAUUCGGUUUACGCCAUAGAUCAAUGUUCGCACAAAUAUACGAAAAGAACGAUGAGAAAACUCAGAAGAGUAAUGGUAACGAACUUCGCGAGUCUUAACGAUAAAUCGACCUUCUCGCCAAGUAUCCAGAAAAUGUACGCUCGAAAUCGAAUAAUGUUCAUAUUUUUUUAAUGAGUGCGGCACUACGAAUCCUUAAAGAUUAAGCUGCGUCUCACCUUAUACACUUUGUGUAAAUCGUAUACUAAAGAUACGCGAGAAACGAAUAUGCUGAACGAAGCAAAUUAUUUAUUUAUUUGAUUUUAAUUAUUAUUUAUUAUAUCGCUCCGAUAUGUGUAUUGAUUUUAUGGUAGUUAACGAAAUACUUUUCCUCAAAGUAUUUAUUUUUAUAAAUAAUCGCGCGAGGAGCGCGAUAAGGGGCGUUAAUUGUAAUAUAGAGUCCACCAUGUAAAUCUCUGAACCACAGCUGCCAUUUCUCGUAUCACAUUUAAUAGCCUUAUCUAUAUGUCAAAAAUGACGUCAGUCAUCUGAUCAUUAUAUUAUUAUUACUCGAAAUCAUUUUUUUCGAUAAAAAUGCUCGCGUGUGAAAUGCAAUUAUUUUUAUCGGCAAAAGCAUAUUUACAAGCUUUUUCCGUUUCGCUUAUUGCGCUUUAAUAUGCUUCUCGAUGUCUCCAUCUUUUUUUAAACGUUUUUUCCGUUUACAUAAUUUCUCAUUUCUUUGUGUUCCUUUUUUUCUCUUUCUCUCUUUCGGGAUAUAUUAUAUAUUGGGCACAGAGAUGAAUAAUGUACGAAACACACCAAAGCAGAACGCCGACUGCUAAUGUACGAAACAUGCCAAAGCAGAACGUCGACUGCUGGAAUAGUAUACACUAAAUAAUGGUAAACAACGAACACGCACACGCACUUUGUCACAUGUACAUGUACACUGAACAAGAAAAAAUAUACGUGAUAUCAAAAAGGGAAGCGUAUAUCUUGAUACGUAUCUGAUCUAUCUGUAAAAGAAUUUCGAACUUUCAAGAGUGAAUAUUCGAAUAUUCAGCAGAUUAACGAAGUCUUCGAACACUUUGUUACUGAACAGUUGUCAAAUAGACGAAUACACAUUAUCAUUUAUACACGCGUAAUUGUAAUUAUUAUUAUUAUUAUUAUUAUUAUUAUUAUUAUUAUUAUUAUUUUACAGUAUUUGUAAAAUUGCGACAAUUUGAAAAUGGAAGCCUUACUAAAAAAAACACGGCCGCCUUGCGUUGCAUUACAUUUAUCAGCUAUUAUUGUAUACUUGUUUUGCCCAUUUCAUCUUCCUAAACUAGAUUAAUAACAAAUAACAUUGUGAGAUAAGAAUAUCGGGGAAAAUAAAGAAAUCUUUGAAAAAAAUA